GGUGUUGGAAAUCUGAUCAUUGACCUCGACGCUGAUUUAGAGAAGGACAAACUUGAGAUGUCUGGCACCAAGGACGGCAUGGCGGCACCACCCAGUGCAGUGGCAGCAUUGCCAGACAAUAUAAGRUUUGUUAGUCCAGUGUCUGGCUCUCAAGGCAAAGAGAGCAAAUCCAAAUACAAGCGCAGCAAGAACUCUAAAGACAAUAGUAGCAAAGCUUCAGCUUCAGCUGGAGAUGGGGGUAAAAAAGAACCCACAGGUCGGACUCAAGGGGAGCCAACAGGUGCGGCAGCGAGCGCUGUGGCUGCCGGCAACAAUUCCACCUCUGGGAAGAACUUGGAAAAAGGGGGCAAAGCCUCCAGAGGUGUUCUCGGUGGUAAAAAGGAGAAGGAAGGUGCUAGUGGGAAAAGUAAGAAAGAUAAAACAGAUGGUGCUCCAGUUGUGGCAAUUGGUGUCUCUGAGAAGGAUGUGUCUCAAGCUCAAGUUUCUUUGGGGAAUAGUCGUAAUGCAUCCUUUGAGAACACACAAUCAACAGACUUGGCAGAUGUUAAUCAAAUGGGGAAUAUUGCACUUGAAUCUGUUGGGAUAGUACCAACGUUGACCACAAAAACUGAACCAGAUGAAGUGGAAAAUGGUAAUGGUGAAUGCAAGACAUUAAAAAAGAUAAAAAAUGAGAAGAUGGAAUCUCCCGUCUCCACGCCAGCUCCUCCUCCCCUCCACCUCCUGGCCACGGUCAGCAACAGUGAAAUAGCCUCACCAUGUGAGCAGAUAAUGGUGCGCACACGCUCGGUGGCGGUGAACACGUCCGAUGUAGCCCUGGCAACAGAACCUGAGUGCCUGGGUCCGUGCGAGCCCGGUACCAGUGUUAAUCUGGAAGGCAUCGUGUGGCAAGAAACUGAAGACGGCAUGCUUGUGGUCAACGUGACUUGGAGAAACAAGACGUACGUYGGCACCCUGUUAGACUGUACGCGACAUGACUGGGCUCCCCCCAGGUUUUGUGAAUCACCGACAAGUGAUCUGGAAAUGAGAAAUGGUCGUGGUCGGGGUAAGCGGAUGAGACCGAACAGCAACACCCCAAUCAACGAGAACAGCAACUCCUCAGACAACAAGGGCACCACCAACAACAAGACACGCGCCGCAUCUAACAGCAAGGGCCGGCGAGGCAGCCAGACGCCAUCGGAGCGCCGCACCCCACCAAACAGCAACACCGAGGACAUCAAAACCAGUCCGUCAUCAGCUGGAAAACGCAAGACCAAACCAGCCUCAGACAUGGACCUCAACUCCAGUUCGGAGGACACCAAAGGCAACAAACGGAUGCGGACAAACUCCAACAGUGGAGGCGUGGGACCCACAGGCCUGCCUAUUCCUUCUGUUAAGACUGAGCCACUUCCCCCUCCCCUUGAUCGUAGCUGUCCAUCUCCAGUUCUUAUUGACUGUCCACACCCUAACUGCAACAAAAAAUACAAGCACAUCAAUGGCCUCAAGUACCACCAAGCUCGCGCCCACAAUGAUGAUGACAUAAAGUURGAGUUAGACGGAGACAGUGAAUAUGGAGAGGACUCAACUCUGCAUCCUGAACCUGGAAACUGUAAUGGAGCAUCCAUCUCCCAGAAAGGAUGCUUAUCUCCAGCGCGUUCAAUUACCCCAAAAGGCAGGAACUUUGAUGCUCAGAGUCCCUCUCCAUCUCCUGGCAAGUUUGGUUCAAAGCAGAGUAAAAAGAAAAUUCCUGAAACAGAUCCAGAAAUGGGAGGUACACCGAUGGAUGGCUGCGAGGAAGGGCCAUGCCUUACUGAUGAGGCCAGUAAUGAUGGAAUAGACGAUAAGAGAGGAUCAGAUAAGUCUAAAAAGACGAGCACUGGUACAAAAAAUGAUAAAAUUUCCCAGAAAAACUUGAAGUCACCACGUCCGAUUGGCCCUGGUCCUACAGCAUCACAACAGAUGUAUUCUUUUCCUGCUGGGAACCCCAAUUCCUCUCCAAUAAUCCAAGGAAUCCCAAAAAGUCCCCAAAUGAAAGGCACACAAGCCAAACCGCCCACUAUUGGAGAUCCUACUUCAGGUAGCGCUAAAGACAAGAAGAAGAAAGAUAAAAAGAAAAAAGAUGGUGGGAAGGAUGCUGAUAGUCCCAAACCUUCGGGAAAGGUAGGGAAACUAGAAGAAGGAAAGAUUCCAUACUCUGAACCUUGUGAUCAAGGAAACAAGGGAGAUGGCCUCCUCAAUGGUUCCUCGGAUACUCAGAGUCGCUUAGCCAGUAUCAAGGCUGAGGCUGAUAAGAUUUACAGCUUUUCUGAUAAUGCUCCAAGUCCGUCUAUUGGUGUCGCCAGUCGAAUAGAUGGCAGCGGUAUGCCACAGCCUCUCACACCACUCCAUGCGGUGAACCAGAAUGGUGCUGACAACUCUUCAGUCAAAACCAAUAGCCCAGCUUACUCAGACAUUUCAGAUGCUGGGGAGGAUGGUGAAGGGAAACUAGAAGGUGUCAAAGUCAGAACAGAGGACCAGGGUAUUAGGGAAAGCGUCAAGAAAGCGCUUUUUCCAAACCAGACACCCAACAAAGAUUCGCCAUAUUACACCAGUUAUGAGACAUACUACUCACCUAAUUAUGUCAACCCCAGUCCCAGCGGGCCAAAUCCAGGUGCACCAGUGGCUGAAGGUCAGGCUAAGAUCAAAAGAGAUGAUGAACAUGAACAAGGUGAAGAAAAAGUGAAGGUUGAAGUUCAUGAAGAUCGUAAACCUGAUAGCAGUGCUACUGGCCAGCAGCAGCAACAGCAGCCCUCAGUCAUCCAACAACGAUCCAACAUGUACAUGCAGCCUCUUUACUACAACCAGUAUGCAUAUGUCCCUCCUUAUGCCUACAAUCCCGAUCAAGCUUACCAUAACCACUUGAUGAACACCAACCCAGUCUACCGGCAACAAUACGAGGAGCGACAGCAACAGAUAGCUGAGCGGCAUCGUGCUGCUGAAAAGAAGUCAGAUAUGGUCAUGAAAGAGCGAGAAGCCUCCACGAAAGAGGAGUGGAAACAAAAGAGCCCAAUGCCGCCAAGCCUCUCCAAAGCCCCGAGUCAGUCAGACCUGGGAAAGGUACAGCAACCUGCAAGCAAAUCAAGAGACUCCCCCUCUGAACUGUCCUCCAAGUCCAUUGGAAGCAUAAAGGGGGAGGACCCAAAAUCCCAGCAAGCUGAGGGGCUUAAGAUGAAACUGACUGAAGGAAGUCAUCAUGGAAAGGAUGACACCUUGCAAGUUCUGGAGUCCAGAGGCCAGGCAGGCAUGGAGCAGGCCAUGUGGUACAGACAGUACCCUGAGAGCCAGAAGCUCCAAGCAGAGGAAGAACACCAGCAACAACCACAUCGAAGAAAAGAUGAACGGGAACGAGAUCGGAAAAUAAAGGAAGAAAGGUCCAGGCCAAAGGACAGUCAAAGUGGACCCAAGGAAGAUGGAAAAGACAUUAGUGAUCCCAGAAUCACUUUGGAAGACCAUCGAGCCAUGAGCAAAGACUCUCGUUCCAACCCCCACAUGCAGUUCACGUCACCACUAGCACAGCACCAAAGCUACCUGCCCUACAUGCAUGGUUACCCGUAUGGACAGAGCUAUGACCCCAACCACCCUGGAUACAGGGGYGUACCCUCAGUCAUGAUGCAGAACUACCCAGGUUCUUAUCUACCUGGAGGUUAUCCAUUUUCCCCUUACGGUAGUAAAAUAGCUGGUGAGGAAGGCAGCGAGAAAUCUCGCGCAAGUCCAACUGUCACUAAAACGGCAGCAGACCCCAAAGCUCUGGAUAUCCUGCAUCAACACGCCAGCCAAUACAAGAGCAAAUCCCCCACCGUGGUCGACAAAUCGUCCCACGACAGGGACCGGGAGCAGGACCGAGGAGCUGUCGCAGACAGGGAACGGGACCGGGAACGGGACAGAGAACGAGACGUGGACCGGCCACGCUCCUCGCCCUCCCAGCGCAUCGUGCCCUCUCACCACCACAUGGCAUACCCUCUGCUCUCAGCGCAAUAUGACAUGUCCUACGCCACAGGGAAACCUGACCGUCACACCUCAACCCUGCAGAGAUUCAUGUGACUGGCUCACAUGACAACAACAUCCUCUGGUUGUUACCUUUUAGACAUCAGUUGAAUGGUGUUUCUAUCUUUUUUUUAUUUUUUUUUAGGUUUUCUGCCCCAAGGCAAGGCAGAAGGUUGUUUUUUUUUGUUGUUGUUUUGUUUUUUCUUCCCCUCGUCAAAAGACCCAAACUUCUCCUCGAKCCAUGGACUGUAACACGACUGAAAGUAAAUCCAGGUUCAAAGCCAUCGCUCUGCCCCGUCGCGCAGAGGAAACACCGACCCGCUGAUUAUCUAGUCUUUGCACUGUCAACAAAAACAAUGCAAAAACAAACUAUUGGACUGCCUGAACAGCUGUUGUUUUUUUGUUUUGUUUUGUUUAUUUUUUUCCUGACUGCAUUAUUUCUUGUCACGCAGAGGAUUUGGGGGAAGUUGGGGGGGCGGGGAGACAAGUCAACUAAAGACUGGCUUUUUGUACGCCGUGAAAACAACAGUAUAUCCUAAACUUGACAAACACUUGGCUAUAUUUAGUGGGGAGGGGGAAUAUGGCAACAGCUGCUUUCUUCAGAGACUUUAGAGCCUGAGACUGAAGUUUUUCACCGUCAUCACUUCCCAUCUCCUUUUUGAACCUUCACGUCUUGUUUCAGGGAUGACGUCACGUUUCUGCGAAGGGACCGCGCACACCUCAAAGGAAAAUAAACACUAUUCAUGUUUCUGUUUUUAUUUUAUGUUUGUUUGUUUUUUUCUUCUUUGUAACACUCGAGUUUUAUUUUCUAUCAUCAGGUUGGAAUGCGUCCGAUGCUGGUUCUGGUUCUAGUUUUUCCUCCGUGAAAAUGGUCGCAUCMGAUUUUUCCGCUCAAACAGUGAAGCCACGCGAGCGGGCGAUGAGUUCACGCUGCAUCCKCUCGCAUGUCGCUGGUGUUUUUAAUCCGAUAGCACUUCUUUCACUUUGAUUGCCUCCUGUGAACAAUAUGAAAUUGGGCUCAUGAAUUUUCCAGCUGUAAUAUAGACUUUGUGUGYGUACAUGUUUGUAUUUAUUCAAGCAUGCAAACUGUUUAGAAAAAGAGGGACCACAAAAGAAGAAGAAGAAGCCUGUUGGAUCGCUUUCAGUCGUCACAUUUUCAAUUAUGUGCAUCAGUCCCUGAAUGUUUCCUGCGCUUUUUAUUUAUUUUUUUUGCCGUCAACACUUGGAUCGUCUUGCUUAAAUCACAGUCGUUCAUCCGGAYAUCUCCUGCGUCGUCACACUUCCACAGAUCGCCUCCUGACAAAGGAGUGGGUGGGAUUUUUAAAACCGUUCCCUCGGCGCGUCGCUCGCUCACGUGGCUUCACCGCUUGCCUCGAACAACUGUUAGCAUGUUUUYCCACUGAGAGGUAAAGGAAAAAACAAAACAAAAACAACAAAACACAGUUUACUGUGCAGUAAUUUAAGCUUAGCGGCACAAUAAAUCUGCAGUAAAUGCAUGUGACGGCCGAGCUGUUGCUUUUACACAACAAACAAGAACCAGCCCGGCGCUGACAGCUGCGUUUAGAUCAAAGAAAAGCAGGAAGAGGUGAAAACCUGAACAUGAAAACAGUGAAGUGAGCGAACACAUGACAGAGGUUUCCCCCACAGCUCACCUUUCAGCUGGCUCCUAAAACAGGUGGGCCCACGUCGUAAAUUCACAGCCUGGUUAAGGUUAAAUUGACACAAAAAGGCCUGUGUCAGCGUGCCCUGUUCCACCAGAGGUCUCCUCUCUUGGCUUUAAAUUACAGCCCCUCUGAAACGACAGCGGUUUUAGGAGAAACUCGAUCCAUGUGCUUUUCACAUCGAGGGCUUCUGAUUGUGGGCGUUAAAGAAAAAAGGCACAUUUUCUGCUCUGAGCUGGAGGCUUUCAUUCAGGAAAAGAUUCGAGUUCACGUCCUGAUGAGGGUCGGUUCAUUUAAAUCCUCACACUUUCCCUAAUUUGAGCUUUUACUCUCACAAGUUCUGAUCAUUUUAGAGUUUUUGCAUUUUUCUCGCCAAGCCCCCACCCCCAAUCAAACAAGCUGAUUUCAACUGAAACCCCGCCCUUUUUAAAUUUUAUUUUUCAUGAUUCAGAAACUGCAGCUUUUCAUUUUGAGGUUGACGGACAUUCCAAGUGAAACAAGUUGCCAGUUUCUCAGCUCGUACAGAAGAGAAAAAAAAAGAAAAGAAGAGUUUUUGCAAGACGGUAUAUAUUUUGACUUUUUGUGCGCAUUUUAAAGAAUGGCUGACACAAAUAAGCUGAAUGUGGUGGUGUGUGACUUGUACUUAAUCUGUAAGGGUAAUCUAGGCAGCUGUGAUGUUGUCAUUAAAGUCAGUGGGUUUUAGUACCAGCAGACUGCAUACAGUGCAUAUAGUUUUAUCAGACAAUGGUUGUGACAAGUGCAUUUGUUCUCUCUCUCUCUCUCUCUCUGUCUCUGAGAGUAGUGUUAUCUCAGUAGUAAAGCGAAGCCCAGUGAAAAUCAUUUAUUCUAAAAUAAAAUAAAUAAAAACCAAUAAAAAAAAAGUGUAUGAAAAAGCCAGAAACGUCAUGUUUGCUAUCAACAUAUUGGAAAGUGCUUGGCUCUUGUAUUUUGCAGGACUGUAUUUGUUUCAUGGUGAAGAGUAUAUUUAUUGGCCAGCAGUUGUCUCAAUUGGUGCCUAGUCCAACAUUCUUCUGUGAGAACACAGAGACACUCGCUCGUUUGUCCUUUCCCUAACCCACCUCCUGCCACGCACCCCCGCCCACCCUCCGGAGUACCACUACUGGUGCUCGCAAAGGAUGUUUACAAUGUUUUCUUUUUUUUGUUUUUCUUUACUUUCUGUGAGAGAUUCAGAGCUCUUCUCUCCUCCCCUCUCUCUUUUUCUCCUCUGUUCAUGUUCCCUUCAGGAGUUUGUGUAAAGUGUACAUUACCAUGGUUCUUUUUUAUACAAUACUCUGUAACUUGCCUUUGUAAAUUUGGGCUGGAAAAAAAAUAAAUCUUUUUAUGAGACAA